ACAGAGAAGAAAAACAACACACACUUCUCGACGAACAGCACCAGAGUCAAACCUGUUCAUCCGAGUGGGUUUCGAGUUAAUCGAGUGCCAACAUCCUUGCGAGCAGCAUCUUGGGAGAGAUCUUCCUAACACCGAAGUUUGCUUCCGAACAGAAUCGUGAUCGUACGGUGUGAGUUUGAGCCAAACGAAGCGGCGAACUUGCUGGCAUAAGUUAAGCGUGUUUUUGGAGUUUGGUGUUUAGUUGCAAAACCCGGUGAUACAGAAAAAUCAGUGUGUAUGUUGGACAGUGUGGUAGAGUUGUCUGCCAAUAGUUGUGCUAUUGAAAGGUACUCUUCAAAAGAACGAAAAAGUUGGACGAUUGCUCACGGAGCUUGCAACGAGCAGUGACGUGAACAUUGAACCGUGAUUUGGCGUAGUUUAGUGUGACCAGACAGACAUAAGAGACAGUUUUCGAUGGCUGUUGCUAGCUUAAACAUGUCGCCGAUCUUCAGCGGAUACCCUUUCCAAGGUCAGGGACGUGUGAACCAGCUCGGUGGAGUGUUUAUCAACGGACGCCCCUUGCCGAACCACAUCAGACUGCGCAUCGUCGAGAUGGCGGCCUCCGGAGUGCGGCCCUGCGUUAUCUCACGCCAGCUCCGAGUAUCGCACGGUUGCGUAUCGAAAAUUCUGAACCGAUACCAGGAAACGGGCUCCAUCCGCCCGGGUGUCAUCGGAGGCUCGAAACCGCGUGUGUCCACGCCAGAAAUUGAGGCUCGCAUCGAGGAACUGCGCAAAGCGAACCCGGGCAUCUUCAGCUGGGAAAUCCGGGACAAGCUCAUUAAGGAUGGGCUGUGUGACAAAACAUCUGCCCCGUCCGUCAGCUCCAUCAGCCGGCUGCUGCGCGGUGGUCGUCGUGAUGAUUUGGAUAUGCGUGGCAACCAUUCGAUCAACGGCAUCCUGGGAGGAUCGUCUUGUGACGAGGACAGCGAUACCGAAUCCGAGCCAGGAAUUACGCUGAAGCGCAAGCAACGCCGAUCCAGGACAACGUUCAACGGUGAACAGCUCGAGGCGCUGGAAAUUGCAUUCAGCCGUACCCAGUACCCAGAUGUUUACACGCGCGAGGAACUCGCCCAGAAGACGAAGCUUACCGAGGCACGCGUGCAGGUGUGGUUCUCCAACCGUCGGGCCCGUCUGCGCAAGCACAUGAGCUCCCAGCAAAUGGUGGCCUUCGGUGCCGCACAGUAUCCUUCACAAUUCGAACAACAGGCCGUUGCCGUUGCCGCCGUUACAGCAUCGUCCGGUUCCGGUUCGGGAUCGCCCAUGGGAGCCGGUGGCUGGUCCCAGUGCUACUCUUCCUCCCCGAACCAAACCGCUUCGAUUCAUGCACCGUCACAGUCCUCGUACAAUCCGCUGGCCCAAACCAUGAUCCAUCCGACCUCCGCUACCAUGAGUCCGCCGGCUUCGAUGAGCCCCCCGAGCUCCGUCAGCCCACCGGUCUCUCAUGCCGGAGCUCACUCCACCUCCGCCUCCCCGAUCCCACAAACUUCGGUCCCGAGUGGAGUGGCGGCAGCCGUCAGUGGUCCACAGUCGUCGGCAACCGGAUACAACUACUUCUCCAUGUUGGACAGCAACCCGCAGCAUGUCCAGCUGCAUCCACAUCAUCAUGCCCACGCCGCCACCCAUCACCAUCAUCAUGCCGGUCAAAUUAGUGCCGCUCAAUCGUACGCAGCACCGAUCUACCCAUCCGCCCCGGCCAGCACCAACGCGGACUCGAACGCGCAGUGGCAACGCAGUUCUGGCAGCGUUUCGCACAAAUCGUCCACCAGCGAGUGGGACGCUUAUAGCUCAUUUUUCUCCAACAACAUGGGCCAUCACCAUCAUGCGCACAAUCACCCACACUACUCGUCGGCGGCAGCAGCUGCAGCGGUGGCGGCCGAAGCCAAAUCCGGCUAUCCAUACUUCGGCCAGCUGGGGGGACUGGAGAUGAGCCGACUGCACUGUUAGGACAGCCUGGCGGUAUGGCGUUUUCGGGGAUGAGAUCACACCUAGUGAGAGAGAAAGAAUAAAGCUCAUCAGUUCAGGCUCGGUUCAGAACUCGGUUAUCAUCAACGGGAUUGAUGAUAGGUUUUUUUGGGGCAGAAAUAGUAACCCGAACAAUUCGCAAUUCACUUGUACAAUGUUACCUAUUAGCGUACGAAUAGCGUAAGGAUUAGAACUAGUUCUUGUCGGUCGAUCUUCCUACAGACUUAGUUUGCGAAAACACUUCAACUCAUGGAAGUUGAGUUAAGUUUGAUGGAGGUGGUUUAUGCCUUACUAUUAUAUCAUCAUCAAGAAGAUUACAAUUAAGUUUAGAGCGAUCAAAAUAGGUCUAUAAGAAAACCCCUUUUUAUACGUAGAACAUAGAAGGAUAAUUUAUAAUAUACUUAAAACCCCGCUGACUGUACUGAUUACGUUUAAGCAAUUGGUUUGAUAAAUAAUAAACACAAAUCAAUAUAUGUUAAAACCAUCAAAAUUAAAA